UGAAAACACUGCAAUUCUUUGAAGGACAGAAGUUCAGCUUGAAAUGUUGCAGGAGCAUUUGUGCGUGUAUAUAUAUGUUGGAACUGCCAAAGCCUACAGUUGUCAUACUUGAUCAUGCUGAACUGCUUUUCCAAAACGGAUUCAGCAUUCCACAGAAGCUAAAAUCUCUAGAUAAGAAAUGCCAAAGCUAAAAGGGAAAUUAAAAGCCACUUCAGAUAUCCAUAUUCUUGAGAAGUUUCUACAAACUUAUGAAAAGCAUUGCACAGGAUCCCAAAGUUGUAUCAGUACAACUAUCAAACAGGGCUUAAAGAAAUGCAUUGCAAAUGAAACACUUAUUACUAAGUUUGUGCUUGUCAAUGUUGAGACUUCACUGAGAAAUCUGAAGCCAGUUUCCCUUACUCCUUUGCUAAGGACUAUUCGAGAUGAACGUUAUCGGUUGGGAAAGGAGCUCUGUAUCUGGGGAAUUCAGUUAAGCCCUCAAGAUGUUGCAAACCUUGCAAUUUUACUAGAGCUGGAUGGACGUACCACCUAUCCAUUUUCUAAAUUAGAAAUAAUUCACACUGAGCUAGAUCUCUGGUCCAUGGAAAGACUUGGAGUGGCUUUACCUUACAGCAACCUGAGUUCCCUUGUUUUGGAUUAUUCCAGAUGUGGAGAUAAUGGUGUCCAAAAACUUAUUUCUGGACUGGAAGGAAACACAAAGCUUUUAGAUUUGAGUCUUUGUUACUGUGAUUUAGGACCAGAAAGUGGCUCUCCACUGGGAAUGAUUGUAGUUCAAACUGCCAUUUGCAACCUGUAUAUUAAUGGUAACAACCUGCAAUGUGUGGGUGCCACAAAACUCCUCAAACCCAUAACAGACUAUGCAGAGAGACAUGGACAAGAAAGGAGAGCAAAUACCAUGCUGUGCAGCAAUAAUUCUGCUAACCAAAUCGCUGCAGUAGCAAACAAAGAUGCACAUAUCCAUUCAGAAGCUGUCAGUCUGAAUGUUGUUUCUAAAACAGACAUGGCUACCACAUUGGAAAGCACUGGGAAGAAAAAGAAAAGAAAAGGAGUAAAGAAAAAAAGUAAGAAACCUGAUCCUGGCCCGUGGUUAGCAAAACUGCAUUUAGCCGAUAAUGCCAUCGAUAAAAGAUUAAAUCACACAGAAAAAAGCAUAAUGGAGUUCAUUGAGAUUUUGAGUUGUCUAAUCAAGAAUUCUGAACAUCUUAUUGAAAUUGAUAUCAAUGACAAUGCAAUAGGAGAACAAUGUGCAGUCAAGAUACUGGAAGCUCUGAAGGACCGAAAGAAAGAAGAAAUGCCACAUUUGAAAAUUAAGAUAACUUCUCAGAUUUCAUCAGUAACCUUCCGGGAAAUUGUCAAGAGCUGCACAAAACUCUCUCAAACUAAAAAGAGAAAGAAAAAGAAAACCAAGUGACCAUAAAGCUUCCAUGUGGUUUCUGGAGAGGCUUGAUUCAAGGAAGUUGAUCUGUCGUAGCAAACUGCAACUUCAUAUAAUGUCCUAAUUUUUGUAAACCUUGUAUACAAAGAGCAUUUUCAAUACAA